AUGCAGAAGGAACUGAAGAUGAUCAAAGAUGAGGAUGUGCCUUUCAAUCUGGGGAUGAAGAGGGCCCCUUCUUUCCCCCACUGCCUGCAGCCAGUGGGUUCCCGAGGGAAGGCUCCCCAAAGACACCACCCCUUCCCAGAUGCUCUCAGGGGCCCUUUCUCCCAGUUCCGGUACGAGCCUCCUCCUGGAGACCUGGAUGGCUGCUACCCGGGGGUCUUUGAAGGAGGAGGGUCCCGGAAACGGAAGAGCGUGCCCACCAAGAUGCCCUACGCCCACCCCUCGGAGGAAGCCGCCCUGGCCCUCCAAGCCGAGGACAGCAAACUGCGGGGCCACCCCAACUUCCCCCUGCUGUUCCCGCAGCCCCCGCGGGCCCCCAAAUACGACUCGCAGAUGAUCGACCUGUGCAACGUGGGCUUCCAGUUCUACCGCGGCCUGGAGCAGCCGGGGGGCGGCAAGCGCGUCAAGCAGGAGCCGGUGAAGCCCAGCGCCAUGUGGCCGCAGCCCACGCCCGCGCCCUUCCUGCCCGCGCCCUACCCCUUCUACCCCAAGGUGCCCCCGGGGCUCGUGCUGCCCUUCUUCCUGCCCACGGCCUCCCCGUUCCCCUUCGGCCGGCACCCCUUCCUACCCAAGCAGCCCCCCGACCCCCAGCUGCUGCCUCCCCCCCGCAAGGCGGAGCCCCCCGAGGGCGGCGAGGAGGCCAAGCAGAAGGUGGAGCGCAUGGACGUGAACGUGCAGAUCGACGACAGCUACUGCGUGGACGUGGGCGGCGCGCAGAAGCGCUGGCAGUGCCCGACCUGCGACAAGUCCUACACGUCCAAGUACAACCUGGUCACCCACAUCCUGGGCCACAGCGGCAUCAAGCCGCACGCGUGCGCCCGCUGCGGCAAGCUCUUCAAGCAGCUCAGCCACCUGCACACGCACAUGCUCACGCACCAGGGCACACGGCCGCACAAGUGCCAGGUGUGCCACAAGGCCUUCACGCAGACCAGCCACCUCAAGCGCCACAUGAUGCAGCACAGCGAGGUGAAGCCGCACAACUGCCGCGUGUGCGGCCGCGGCUUCGCCUACCCCAGCGAGCUCAAGGCGCACGAGGCCAAGCACGCCAGCGGGCGCGAGAACAUCUGCGUGGAGUGCGGCCUCGACUUCCCCACGCUGGCGCAGCUCAAGCGCCACCUCACCGCGCACCGCGGGCCCGUCCAGUACAACUGCUCCGAGUGCGACAAGACCUUCCAGUACCCGAGCCAGCUGCAGAACCACAUGAUGAAGCACAAGGACAUCCGGCCCUACAUCUGCUCCGAGUGCGGCAUGGAGUUCGUGCAGCCGCACCACCUCAAGCAGCACUCGCUCACCCACAAGGGUGUGAAGGAGCACAAGUGUGGGAUUUGCGGGCGGGAGUUCACUCUGUUGGCCAACAUGAAGAGACACGUGCUGAUCCACACCAACAUCCGCGCCUACCAGUGUCACCUCUGCUACAAGAGUUUUGUGCAGAAACAGACUCUCAAGGCACACAUGAUCGUCCACUCUGACGUGAAGCCUUUCAAAUGCAAGUUGUGCGGGAAGGAAUUCAACCGGAUGCACAACCUGAUGGGCCACAUGCAUCUGCACUCUGACAGCAAACCCUUCAAGUGCCUCUACUGCCCCAGCAAAUUCACCCUGAAGGGGAACCUGACGCGCCACAUGAAAGUCAAGCAUGGCGUCAUGGAGCGGGGCCUCCAUUCUCAAGGUUUUGGAAGGGGGAGACUCGCCCUGGCACAGGCGGGGGUCCUGCGGAGCCUGGAGCAGGAGGAGCCCUUCGACCUGUCCCAGAAGCGCCGGGCCUUCCAGUCUGAAGGGGACAGCGCCAGGGGCAGCUCCAGCCACGAAGAGGAGGAGGAGGAGGACCACUGCUGCAAGGGGGAGCAGGACAGCCCGGGCCCGGCCCCUGCCCCGCAGAGCAGGCAGCUCUGCGCGCCCCAGGAUCUCUCCACCAAGCCCGAGACGGCCCCCCGAGCGCCCCUGGAAGCCUGCGAGGAAGAAGAGAAGGAGGAGGAGGAAGAAGAGGAGGAAGAGGAGGAGGCCUUGCAGAAGGAAGAAGGCCAGGAGAAGAGCAAGGACAGCCUUGGGGCAGAAGGCGGCCAGGAGAGAGAGGGCACGAGCAGAGAGGAGGGUCCCAGCCUCAGGGCGCUGCAGGGCGCGCGGCGGGGGGCCUCCUUUUCUGAUUACUUGUACUUCAAGCACAGAGAGGAGAGCUUAAAAGAAUUACUGGAGAGGAAAAUGGAAAAACAAGCAGUGCUUUUAGGUAUCUAA